UGGAUCCUUAUAAAAAACGUCUACACUCUUUAUGUUUUAUAAGAACAAUUUCAUAAGAACACGAUCUUCAAAAUUGGUCACAAGUUAAGAAAAAAUUAAGAACAAGCUGAGUCUGAGCUACUGUAAAAUGCAAUUUUGAACGUUUCAUCUCGAAAACGAGGAUCUUUAGCCAUUUGUGAGUGCUCUUUCGGUAAAUAUUAAAGCUUUUCGGCAAAUGAAGUUUGUAUCACUUUUUUGGCAAAUCAGGCCUGAACUCUAUUGCGAAAAAGCUAGCAAUCGCACUGCUUACACCCUAUUAAUUUAAAAACAAAUUAAGAACAAUCCAGCCUCGGAUUUUCGAAAAGAUUAAGAACAGUCAGCCUGAACUUAAGUUUACUGGUUCUUAUCAAAAGAAAAGAGCAAGUCUCGUGCUGAUGAUUUUCUGUCUAAUUCACAUUUUUCAGUGUAGCCAGUAGUAUUUGGGCACAGAUCUCUUAAAAUUAGCAAAUAGUGUGACAAACGAAUUUCUAGUUACUUGUAAAUUGAUCUCUAUUGAAUUGAGAAUUUGCAUGGGAUGGAAUCAGCCUUAAUAUUCAGGGAUGUAGUCGUAAAAGUUUAACAAGGAGGCUCUAUCAAAAUAUCUAAGUUGUUCAUGUCAUUAAGUCUUUACAUGAUGAGGUUUGAAUUGAGUAACCAGGUAAAUUGACUGUUUGAGCGGCAGCUGUGAUCAGAACCUUGGUAUCAUGGACCCACUGCUUGGAUUUCGAACUGACACACUUUCUUUCGUGUUGACAAAACAGAUCAGAUUUUAUCAGCUAAUGAACCGUGGUUCAAAAAAUGUCUUGCAAAACAGUUAUUCAGUGGACUUAGAAAGUAUACAUAGUUUGCAGAUACAGAAAUUCAAUUUUGAAAAAAGAACAUCAUUAAGAACACCCGAGUCUGAUAUUGUCCAAAAAUUAAGAACAUCGAGCGUCGGCAAAAUUUAUCCUGUUCCUGUAAAAGAUUGUAGUGCAUCUAAUAUCAAAAGUAGGCAAGGCAGAGUCUAGCAAUAGCAACUGGUUGUUAAUUCAGGCAAUUAACCCUAGUUCUAAAUGCAACAAUUACAAACCAACUGUCUAUACAAAACUGCAACUAAACGUACUCAGUAAAAAGUCUUCCAAGAAUUUUCUAUCUAGAUGUGUCAAACUUUGCGUACAUUUUCAUGCAUACAAAGCUUGCAAUAAGUUUAAAUGUGUCACUUUUUCUGGUUUAGUCUGCAAUGGCUGUCCUAUGGUUAAGCAACAAUCCUUCACAACUUUCUUUGCGUUACACGAUUAUUGGCUCUAUCCAAGCACAAACAAUGAGGGAGUGGUUGAACCCCCAAACUUUCUCGAAACUUUAACAAGAGGGCUGCACCCCCUCCCCUGAGCCACCGCUGCCACCCCCUCCCGAACCCACAACUACCUCCUUGUUCAUAUUGAAUUGUUUGCUGGCAUUAACACCAUGAUAAACCACCCAGAAAGAGAAUUGAAUGGUAUUGUUGUAAUUUUCUAAAUUGUUUGACGUUGAAGUAGAUCACCUGCUCCUUUUAGUGAUGUGGUUUACUUAGGCCGGGUUUUGCAGGUGCCUGCUGUAGGCCUUCUCAUAUUCAGUCAAAACAAAAAAUCCUCUCAUGUGGUGCUCAUCGUGUGAAAAAUAUCUGAAUACCUCUACGUUGGAUUUUGUGCUUUGUUUCGCGUGUUGGAAAAUUCAUGGAUAUCAAGAAACAGCAAGGCUGCCCAAAGCAGAAAAACAGAGAGGAAGAUUCAAGGAGGUCUAACAGUCAUACGUCCUUGUAAAUACCAUGAAAGUUUCGUGUCAGAUGAAUGCCGAGAAUAUUAAAGUAGUCAGAAAACAGUACAAAUAUUAUUAUUCAACAUCGGAAUAGAAAAAGAAUCGACGGAAAAAUGAGAAAUUUUGUCAGAUGCUGUUUAUAGGAGUGAAGAUCAACAUACUUGGUUGAAGAUGAAGUAUCAUUUUCUGUCAGUGUUCAACAGAAAGUAAUCAAUCAGGAAAGUAACUUGCCAACGUAUACCAAAAUUUAUUAUCAUAGAUGCUGAUGCUGACUCAAUGAUAUCUGAACAUGUGCUUCUAGAAAAGUCAACAUGUUCAAAAGAGAAAAGCCAUCUGGACUCGUGAAUAAAAUUGUGGAUGUCUACGGAGUCCCCACUUGGAUUUCACAUAUUCAAGGAAACACAGGUCAAAAUGACAACAUUGUUUUGGUGAUCCCAGGCAACCCGGGUCCGAUUGGAUUUUACGAAACAUUCAUUGAAAGUCUCUAUGAGACGAGUAACUCAGCUCUGACAAUUUAUGGAGUUUCACAUGCAGGUCAUCACUUUAUCCCUUGUGAAUGCGACGGCUCUUAUGACCCUGACACAGCAGAUGAUUUUACGUGCAGCAACUUAUUCUUGAAGAAUGAGGAAAAGUUUUACUCGUUGCAUGAUCAGAUCGAUCAUAAACUGGCAUUUGUUUAUAAUUAUUUGCCACCUGAUUCUAAACUGAUUCUUAUUGGCCACUCAGUGGGCGCAUAUAUCAUACUUGAGAUAAUGCGAAGACUGCAUCCCAGUGACAGGAUCAUUAAAUGCAUAUUACUAUUCCCUACAAUAGAAAGGAUUACGAAAACGUCCAGUGGGAAGUUUUGGACGACAGUAGCAUACUUUAUGACCAAGCCACUGCUGUGGCUGAUAUGGCUCUUUAAUGCAAUGCCAUUAAGAUUCCAGCUAUGGUUCAUACGAUGUUGCAUGGUAUUGAGAAGGUUUUGCAAUGAAGACAAUUUAGCUGGAGCAACGUUUUCGUUUGUUAACCAUCAUGGUGUGAGCAAUAUGCUCCAGAUAGCAAGCGAUAUGAAGAGCAUCAAAGACUUGGAUGCCAAAAUUAUUGAUGAUAAUAAAGACAAGAUUGUGCUGUAUUAUGGAAAAGAGGAUCCAUGGGUGCCAACAUCGUUUUGCCAACAGAUGACAGAAAAGUUUCCAUCUGUGGACAUAAGACUAUGCAAAGAAAACCACAAACAUGCUUUCGUUUUAUACACAGCCAAAGAAGUUGGACAGCUGGUGUGGAGUUUUAUCAAGGAUUCUUGCAACUCAUGAGCGCCUACUGGACAACCUACAAUCCCUGCCAAAAACUCAUUGAAACACUCAGUUACUUAAGAGAUAUUUUGAAAAAUUAACCGUUUCAUACAAAAGAAGACGGACACCGCAAACCUCUUCUCCAAAAAUAUUUUUGUCGAGUUAAAAACCUUUGCUAUCUGAAUUGAAUCAAUUGGACCACAUCGAGCCUCUUAAAUUUGAAUUAAACAACGUUAUUUGAGGGGUGAAAGGGUGCAAGAAGUUAGUGUAGUGUAAAAAGAGUUUUUGUAAGCGCUACUAGUUGAGCAAAUUGUUCCCUUACAUAAAGCAAAACACAGGCAUUUCUGUGCCACUAGUUAAUACUUACGUUUGUCUAUCCAUGAUCAUAUCCUACAUUGUAUCGUUGUCAUAUACUAUAUCCAAGUAACGAAGCCAGAUGGUCACUACACGUUAAGAAGAGAGGGCCUUUGCAGUAACUAUGAGUACACAAGCUGCUGUCUUUUUCUUGGCUUUAAGGCAAACGACCAGCGCACAUUGUCAAUAACAAGAUCCGGGUUUCUGGAAGUGCUUUUUACUAAUCAGUCGUGUUUUCUAGCGAGAGAGUCCUUUGGACUGUCUUUAGGAGAAACAUUUAAUCACAAAAAGAGUAGUCUAGAAGAGCUGUCAGGGUUCUUUUAGAAUUCUAAGCGAGCUGAUUAUUGCACUAACAGCAUGGAUAAGAAGCCUGGCAUAUGCAAAGAAGAUCAUAUUGCUUCUUGAGAACAUCUUGUUAUUAUCGUCCAGUUAUUUCAUGCAUGCUUAAACAUUUUUAUACUUGGGUUUGAUACGAAAAAGAGGGUGAAAUGUAAUGUUUUGUACCAUAUAAAGAACUUUUACUUAGAGAGUAAGGCAGCAUAAAAAACUUUGUGGCCUUAAUAUCUAUUUAGGCCAAUAUAUUAGAUGAACUCUCAUCAAAACACUGCAUUGUAACUUACAUUUACCAAGCAUGCAUUUUGAGGCUUAAAUCUGACAAACAUCCACAAUUCAUGUAAAAACGCAUUUUGUUUAACUUCGCAAGUAUUUUCAAAAGAGUUUUCAACGAGUGAACAUUGUUAACGUUUUGAUAAUCUUAUUACGUGGGUAAGUAUUAAUCGCUUUUUAUAAAUCAGUUAAUGUUUUCAGGCUGCUUGUAACCCGAUAAUCGUAUUAGCCGGAAUGUCAUAAAUUUAAGCAUUUCGAAGGGCAAUAAUGGAGUAUGUUUAAAGGAUUGACGAUGUAAAGAAUUAAGAAAAGGAUAUAAAGAAUAAGAGACAAGAGUUUUUUAGAAUAGGUUUACUUUCUGCCUGACUACCUCUCACGAUGAUAGCUCUAGUACAAAGAAGCAGUUUGUGUGCAUAUUUCAAGAUAGCUUGAUAAAACGGAAGUAUUCAAAAGAAUAACAAGUAAAAUAUGGCAAAGUCCUAACCCUACCUUUAAAGUUCUAUGCUGCAACAAAGUGCUAAUAAUUAAUGAAAAGAGUCAACAAGUUUUAAGUAAUAUAGAGUGGAUUUUUGGCCACGGUCUCGCUCUCUAUCUUUCUUUACAUGGUAAGUACCUGGAUUCGGCUUUUCUCGAGUAUGAAGUUUAUUAACCUGAAACUUUGUACAAAUUCAAACAGUGUGCAUAAAAAGACAAGAUGAAGAACUAAAAAGCAGAAUACCAUUGAACUAUCUUUAAUAGAUUUUUCAUAUCUAAAAUUUCCAGAAAUGCGCCAGAAAAUCGGGAGAAAUUCACCCCAAACCAGGAAACAGGGAAAAUCAUCAAAUCAAGGCAGUAACCAGGUGCACCGAGAGAGCUGCAAUUUUGAGUUGACUUGAGUUGGUAGUUGUGCAAUGUUGCUUCCAUCAAUUUUUGUAUGUCUGCCUGGUUUCAAAAUGCCGUUAAUAUGGCCUCAAGUAAAAGGGCUGCCCUCUGUCAAGAGGUUGAGAAAAAGUAAUAAGACCUAGGCCCCGUUCACACGGGAACGCAAUCGUUCCGUUCCAUUUUUGUUCCAGUUUCUGGAACGGAAAAGGUUACUGUUCACACGGUAACGGAACGAUUGCGUAUCGAUUUUUGUUUAUGUUCAGACGGGAACGCAAUCGUUCCGUUCCAUUUUUGUUCCAGUUUCUGGAACGGAAAAGGUUACAGUUGACACGGUAACGGAACGAUUGCGUAUCGAUUUUUGUUUAUGUUCAGACGGGAACGCAAUCGUUCCGUUAUGCAAUUUGCGCGCCAAAAUAAGCAAAUGAUUUUUAAUGCGCAUGUCCAUAAUGGAGAUAGAUUUCAUCAUUUCGAUUUAUCUCUGAGCUAUCUCUGAAUUUUUUAAGCAAUUUGAAUAAAUUGAGAAUACAAAAGCGCCCGAAAAUAAGCAAGCUCGUGGGAAAAUUAAAGCCAACCCUAAAAGGGAGGAAUUUCAAUGUUUGCAGAAUGUUGUUGAAUCUUUUAAAUGGACUAAGGGCGAGAUUCAGCCAAUGGUGUUUUUCAAAUCCUCCAUUUUCUUCGUUGAGUUUAUUAUUGUCACCUUUUCCUUCCCUCAACAACAACACAGACGCAUGCGCCCAGGGCAAAACUCUUAUCGUUCCAUUUUCUGGACCAGUUC